GACUUCAAGUGUAGUUUUGAUCACUUUUCACGUCAGAGCACAGCGCGAGAGAAUAUGGAUGGUGAUGUUUUCCAAAGAAGUGAUUUCUGGAGUGUGACUUCAUUAGACGCUCUUGUGUUCUUUUGUUGUUGCAUAAUCGCCACACUGCUGAUAUGGAAGUGCACCCUCGUCAACAGAGACAGGAAUCUUAAUUAGCUGACAAUCUGCUGCUUACCAGCGCAACGUGCUCCUGGUAUCUAUCUAGAAUAAUCUGGAACCAUCUGCCUCUCUGAUUUGAUUUCGUGACCCUUAUCUCGAAGCCUAAUCAGGCGAACUAAAUGGGAAACUAUUCUAAAUAGCCUAUCUUGCCUCUUCACUUUAUCCCCAGGUUGUUUUUGAAUAAUUAUACCACUGAGACCAAUUAUUAUGAGACUCAUCCUUGAACCCAAUGAAUGUUUACAGGAACAGCCUGCGAAGAGUCACGUUGUGUAACCUUUACAAAAGCUCCCCCUUGUGGCAGUAGCCAUGGUGUACGCCCAGUCGACUGAAAGCGCCAUGCCCUCUUUCAGCUCCCCCACCUUCAGUUCCCAAAUGUCCUUCAACUACUCUGACAGGGAGAACUCCACCUUUCUCACCGACUCAGCCACACCUCUCUUUUGCAACCGAGAAGGCUUAUCAGAGUCCAACAGCACCCUGGUUUCCUACGAGCUGACCUCCGCUGAGGUGGCCAUCUUGGGGCUGGUGUUUGGGGCUCUCUGGCUGGUCUCCAUCCUCGGCAACGCCCUGGUCUGCCUGGUCAUCCACCGCAGCCGGAGGACUCAAUCCACCACCAACUACUUUGUGGUGUCCAUGGCUUGUGCUGACCUCUUGCUGAGCCUGGGCUGUGCCCCGUUCGUCCUCCUCCAGGUCACCUCCGGCAGGUGGCCGCUGAGCGCGGCCGCCUGCAAGGCUGUGAGAUACCUCCAGCACCUGUGUCCAGGGGUGCAGGUGUACGUCCUGCUCUCCAUCUGCGUGGAUCGCUUCUACACCAUCGUCUACCCGCUCAGCUUCAAGGUCUCCAGGGAGAAGGCCAAGAGGAUGAUACUGGCCUCCUGGAUCUUCGACGUCGCCUUCAUCUCGCCCUGCCUCUUCUUCUACGGUUCCACGAUGGCGGACGGCAGCGGCGGCCACUGCGACUUCUUCCUGCCCAACAGCUGGGACGGGAUCGCGUACGCCGCCGCUCACCUGCUCUUCGGCUUCCUGGUCCCGGCGCUGCUCAUCGUGUCGUUCUACCAGCGGGUGAUCCGCUACAUCUGGAGGAUCAGCGCCGAUGGACACACGGUGAGGAGGACGAUGAACAUCGUCCCAAGGACUAAAGUCAAGACAAUCAAGAUGUUCCUCAUGCUCAACUGUGUCUUCCUGCUGACCUGGACACCGUUUUAUGUAGCCCAGCUGUGGCAUCCCCGAGAAGCCGACAGCCCCAGCAGACAGGGUGCGCUGUUCUUCACAGCCAUUGCCUUGAUUUCCUUCAGCUCCACUGCCUCCAAACCAACCCUGUACUCUGUUUAUAACGCGAACUUCAGACGCGGCAUGAGGGAGACCUUCUGCAUGUCGUCAAUGAAGUGUUACCGCAGUAACGCAUACACAAUCACUGCUAGCUCACGGAUGGCCAAAAAGAACUAUGUUGGGGUGGUGGACAUCCCGGUACCGGCUAAGACAAUCACCAAAGACUCGGUUUAUGACACCUUUGACCGCGAGGCAAAAGAGAAGAAACUCGCCUGGCCAAUCAGUGCCAAUCCACCUAAUACUUUUGUGUGAGGCAGCCAUCUUUUGAAACUGAACAUUUCAGACAGUACAAUAGCACAACUAAGUUCAAUGUAUUGGGUGCUAAUGAAAUUCAAGCUCCAUAUAUGUAGCUAACUGUGAGUUAGCUACACCAGUGGACAAACAUACAGCAUGUUCAGAGCAUUAUGUUGAGAUACCAGCUGAAUCUUUCUUGCGAUGGCAUUUGUCUGAUCGUACAAUAUUAGAUGUGAACAUAUUUUCUCAGGUAGAGCAGUCUACACGGCCCCAUCGCAUUUCCCAUAUGUUCCAUCUCUUUCUGGUGUAAUGACUUGGAUGAAAUUAAUUUGGAAGCUUUGUGUAAUAAUCUCAGUUCCUACACUUUGUAUGUCUUCAUAAUUGGCCUUCUGCUCUGUUGAACUAUGUUAUUCAGAGGAAGAGGAAUUUAAAACCCUACAGGUUUGGACCAUAACGCUUUUAACCUGAAGACUCUUUGUCUACGCUGGCUUAGGAUGUGAUGGUUGUGUGCCAGUUUUCACUGUUGUCAUUCUAUCCAGUAGCUGCUUCUGUUUAGCUGACCGGCAUUGUGUAGUGUUUCUCUUGUUUGUGUCUCAUCUCUGUUUACUGUUAACUACUGUGACUUAAUGACCCAUGCUUACACUGAGAUGUAAAAUAAUAAAACAUUAUCUAUGUGCAUCAAAUUUGACACUGCUAGUGUUUAUAGUUUUGGAUGGAGACCUGAAAAUGCUCUGGUAAAUGUGGCUGUCCUGUGUUUCAAGAUCAGGACAACGUUGUUGCUCAGUCCCACAGUGAAUA